UCAAAGAUCAUGAAAAUAAAGUCAAGGAAAAGCAUCCUUUUCAAUCCACACUAAAACAUUGGCUGCAACUCUUUGUAACUACAUUGAAAUUGUCACCAGUUUUAAGAAAUAAAGACAAAAAUGGAAUUUAAAUUAACUCGAAAACAAAUUGUUGGGAUUUUUGCUGCUUCCUUUCUCGCUAUAUCCAUUUGCGUCGGAAUUAUCGUGACAGUCAGUAAACCAUCACAAGUAAAUUAUUUCAAUAAAUAUAAACUUUUAUCCAGUCAGAAUAUUCCGAAAUGGGUUACAUAUAAGGAAGAUACUGAACUUACUGAUGCAGUUUUAGCCGGACAAGUUGCUGGUACAAAUGAAAAUAUUUACGUUUGUCGAGCUCAACAUGAGGUGUGGAUGGACAAUGCUGACUACGAGCCGAUCCCUGGAGCGUUUAUUCCGAGCAUAAGACAGUGCGUCGUUAAUCAUGGUGAAAAUGCCUAUCAAUAUUCCAGAUUCGAAAUAUUGACGAUGAAAGAUCAAUCAUCUUUAAUUUGGGCAAGAGAGUCUCAAGGUAAUGAACCUUCAGGUGCUUUAACCGGUGGUUAUACAGGAUUUUACAAUGAAGUGCCCAUUGUACGGACUUAUUACGAUGAUGAAGUUGCCAUUGGUAAAGUUCAUAAAUCUUAUGUGACAUAUAAAGUAAACGGAAUUGUCGAUGAAUAUGAAGUUCUUUGCAUGAAGGACAUUUCAUUAUAAAGACUCGAAUGUUGAUCAACCUCGAUUCUGUGUACAAGAACAAAGUUAUAAUGCAAUUUAUUCAUAUUCAAAUAUUUCCAAUAAUGUAACGAAUGAAAGUUACGAGGAUCAAAAUUGGACAUUUCAUUUCAAUGAUGACUGUUGAGUGAAUGUCAAUUAUGAUUCAAUAUUUUUUACCCCUUGUCAGAUUAUUCAGUUGUUCAUCUCAAAACAAUAAAAGUUGAUAACUAUUUCAUUUAUGCUAUCUUUAUAAGUUGUAUUGUUUUGAGUUUCAAAUAAAAUUAAUUACAAUCAGAAUUAAA